UCUGCCUACGCAGUGUACACAUUUCCUAUUUUACACAUCGAACAUCGGCGCCCAACAGUUAUUAGCCGCUGCGCAUAGCAUUACGAUGGGCGUACGUUUACCACUCGCAACUGACGUGAUGCCUCCAAGUAUCACCGUGAGCAGACAGCGGGCCAAGCCUUCGGCGACGGAUUUUGCGAGUCCGGCCCAUAGUGAGACGAGGAGCCACACUUCAAUCGCAUUGACGCUGGCGCUGUCUGCUGUGGUCAUUGGAGGAGUAGCAGUCUACCUCUACAGGCAUGUCACGAAUCGGCCAAUAACAGCGAAGAGGUCUCGUCCAAUCAGCCCUUCUCCCGUGUGCAACUUUAUUCGCUGGGCAGCGCAAACCGGGUCCCCGCAAUGCCGAAACGUGCCAAGUCAAUGCAGGCCGCGACACGACUUGAGUUUGAAGCCCCUGACACCAUAUUCUACUCGGAACGGGCGAAUAUUCGACAAGAACGGUACCGUUGCCGAUGCUGCUGUGGCCACGAUGCUUUGCGACUGCGUCGUCCUGCCUCAUGCUUGCGGUCUUGGUGGUGGAUUCGUAGCCAUUUAUUACAACAAGUUAAAUAAAUCUGUGACAACAAUAAACGCUCAAUGUGUGGCACCAAAAGCAGCAUCUGAGGACGCAUACAAACAUCUGAAACCGAACGCUACACUGAUUGGUGGCCUAGCCAUAGGAGUUCCAGGAGAACUGAAAGGAUAUCAAAAGCUUCUCGAGGAAGUGGGCUCCAAUAUUCCCUGGACAGAACUGUUCGAGGACGCCAUCGCCCUUGCAGAAAACGGCGUCCCGGUACACGACGAUCUGGACGCCAAGCUGCAGAUGUUCGAUUGGAGACUUGCUCCACAGUUCAAACAGCUGUUUCUGUCGAACUUAACUGGCGAAAUACUUGGAAGGAAGGACGCUGUCUUCAACCUGAUUCUUGCGAACAGCUUAAAGACCAUCGCGAAGAGCGACCAACAGGAACUGUACACGGGAGAGCUUGCAAGAGCGAUACUUGAAGACCUCAGUGCUGUUGGAGGCUUAAUAACCAAAGACGAUUUGGCAGAAUAUACAGUCCAACUUCUUGCACCUUACAAGACAGAACUCUCAGACGGCUGGAAUGUUUGGUGUACUCCGUCUCCGACGGCCGGUUUGUUGUCGAGCUACGCUCUGGCUAUCAUGGACAAAUUCCGGAACGGCGCGGGCUCUCUCCCCGAUGAUGGCCUCACAGCUCAUCGCAUGGUUGAAGCUUUUAAAUUUGCAUUCGCCCUUAGAACACAACUGGGAGAUCCAGUCUUUGAAGACGUGACUCAGGCAGUGAAGAAUGCCACGGACAUUGAUCAAGCACGCAGGAUCGCAGCCAAGAUUAAAAAGGUACCGUAUAGUAACCCCCAGGAAUACGGCCUCAUCUACGACACGAUCAGAGACCACGGUUCGAGGCAGGUAUCCAUAUGGGGCCCGUCUGGAGAUGCCAUUGUCAUCGUCAGCUCUCUUAACACCGAUUUUGGGUCCCUGGUUGCGUCCCCGUCCACUGGAAUCCUCAUGAACAAUGUCAUUGACCUGUUCGCGACUCAAGCGCAUCCAAACUACUACAACCUGGUAUCCUCCAAGUACAACCGAAUCCGGCCACAGAAGAGGCCUCUCACGUCGCGGGGUCCCAUUGUGAUCACGGAUAAAUCUGGAGAUCUGGCGAUGAUUAUUGGUGCCACAGGUGGUCCCGUUGCUAGUACGGGAUUGGUGCAAGUAGCGGCUCGUGUACUGUGGAUGGGAUACACAAUGAAAGAAGCUGUCGACGCUGGAAGAAUUCAUAACCAGUUGCUCCCCGGGACCACGAUGGGAGAACCGACAGUGUACCAGGACAUCGUAAAGGACUUGAAAUCCCGCGGGCACGAGUACCACGAAACGGAAUGGACCGGCACAGUGCAGGGGAUCGUUCGGAUGCCGGGCAAUCGUCUCUCCGCUGCGCUCGACUACCGCAGAGGUCCAGGAGGUUGCGACGGGGACUGAAUGGCCUUGGACGAGAUGUCAUUAUAUAAUACUCGUUUUUAACUCAUGAGUGGUUAUAGCCUCAUUGAUAAAACAGUUACUUCAUAUUUUCGAGCUGUCUCGAAUCCUUGUGUCCUGGUACCUGUAUUGAGGAAGAAAGCUCUACAAGGACAGCUACGACGGUAAUUUC